CCCGGACCGAAGUUAGCAGCAGGCUAGAGAAUGCUGGCUCCAGUGAGGCUGGAUCUGCCCACCUGACCUUUGCCACCAUCAUGCUGUGUCCUUGGCGUGUGAAGCUGAAGCUGCUGCUUGCCACUGUGACUCUGGUUUUCCUCAUCUCAUGGCUUUACCUCUUUAUGGAUGGAUGUUCCCUUAUGCUGCCCCCUUGCUUUGGGGAACAGUCAAGUCAGUACCUUGACCGUGAAGCCUUGGCAUCCCAGGUGCGAAAAAUGGAAGAGGAAAACCAACAGUUGAAACUGAAGCUCAGCCACUCUCAGGCACAGGAGGAGACCUUAGGGAGAAUGGACUUCAACCAGCAGGGAUCACAGUUCAUCAAAGAGCAGGAGGGAAGGAGCAACUACAGUGGGUGCCUUAAACAGAGGAUGGUUCAGAAGUGUGAGCUCCUCCAUGUUGCCAUUGUUUGUGCUGGAUACAAUGCAAGCCGGGAUGUAGUUACCUUGGUGAAAUCUAUCCUCUUCCACAGGAAGAACCCUCUCCACUUCCAUCUCAUCACAGACUCAGUGGCCCGGCAGAUACUACAGAUGGUCUUCCAGACCUGGAUGGUGCCCUCAGUUCAAGUUAGCUUUUACAAUGCUGAUGACCUGAAGCCAGACAUUUCCUGGAUCCCUAACAAACAUUACUCUGGAAUCUAUGGGUUGAUGAAGCUGACACUCACGAAAGCUUUGCCCUCUGACCUUUCCAAGGUCAUCGUCCUUGAUACUGACAUCACAUUUGCUACUGACAUUGCGGAGUUGUGGGCUAUCUUUGGGAAGUUCUCAGAUAAACAGGUGAUUGGACUAGUGGAAAACCAAAGUGAUUGGUACCUGGGAAAUCUCUGGAAGAACCAUAAACCAUGGCCAGCAUUGGAUCGUGGCUUCAAUACAGGGGUGAUCUUGUUGCUGUUGGAGCGUUUGCGCCAUCUUGGUUGGGAGCAGUUGUGGCGGGUGACAGCUGAGCAAGAGCUCAUGAAUAUGCUGUCCACCUCACUAGCAGAUCAGGACAUCUUUAAUGCGGUGAUCAAACAAAAGCCAGCCCUUGUGUACCGGCUCCCUUGCUUCUGGAAUGUCCAGCUCUCUGACCAUACCCGUUCAGAGCAAUGCUACACCGAGGUGUCUGAUCUUAAGGUGAUUCAUUGGAACUCUCCCAAGAAGUUGCGAGUCAAAAAUAAGCAUGUGGAAUUCUUUAGGAACCUUUAUUUGACCUUCUUAGAGUAUGAUGGGAACUUGUUGCGCAGAGAACUGUUUGGCUGUCCCAGCUUGCCCAGUGGCCAGCUCCAGCAAGCUCUGGAAGAGCUGGAUGAAGACGAUCCUUGCUAUGAUUUUCGGAGGCAAAGCCUGAUUCAGCACCGCGUCCAUCUCUUCUUCCUGCAAUAUGAUUUUUCAGGGUCGGCUGAUGAAAUAGAUGUAACUCUCGUAGCUCAGCUGUCUAUGGACAGGUUGCAGAUGCUGGAGGCGAUAUGUAAACACUGGACAGGCCCCAUUAGCCUGGCUUUGUACAUGUCUGAUGCGGAGGCCCAGCAGUUUCUACGCUAUGCUCAAGCAUCGGAGGUGCUGAGUAACCGUCAGAAUGUUGCCUAUCACAUUGUAUACAAGGAAGGGCAGUUUUACCCAGUCAACUUCUUGCGCAACAUGGCCCUGAAAAAUGCACAGACCUCCCACGUUUUUCUGAUGGACAUUGAUUUCCUGCCGAUGUAUGGCCUCUAUGAUUAUCUCAGGUCCUCCAUCAUGCAGCUGGAGCUGCCCCCAAAGAAGGUAGCUCUCAUAGUGCCUGCGUUUGAGACUCUGCAUUACCGCCUCAACUUUCCCAAAUCCAAAGCGGAGCUGCUCACCAUGCUGGACAUGGGCUCCCUCUAUACUUUCAGGUAUCACGUGUGGCCCCAGGGCCAUGCGCCAACAGAUUAUGCCAAAUGGCGGACAGCCACAGUGCCGUAUCAAGUGGACUGGCAACCACAGUUUGAGCCUUACGUUGUAGUAAGGCGUGAUUGUCCCCUCUAUGACCAGCGGUUUGUAGGCUUUGGCUGGAACAAGGUGUCUCACAUCAUGGAGCUUGAUGCUCAGGAGUAUGAGCUGCUUGUCUUGCCCAACGCCUUCAUGAUCCAUAUGCCUCACGCUCCUAGUUUUGACAUCUCCAAAUUCCGCCAGAGUAGUAGCUAUCGGAACUGCCUCCAGACUCUGAGGGAAGAAUUCCAUCAGGACCUGUCCCGCAAGUAUGGUGCGGCAGCACUAAAAUACCUCACUGCAGAGAGAAGUUUAUGAAUGGCAACCAGGAUACCAAAGGAUCGUGUGACCUGCAAAUGGACGAGGCUCAAGAACUCUUGGAGAGAGACUCAUCAGAAACCCAGUCCUCCUAGCUAUGGUGACCUAAUGGUACGGCUAAGCCUGGAUUGUGAAUGGAAUUUUAGCCACGGCUGCCACUCAGGGCUAUAUUUUGUGGCAAAUUCUAUUCUCAGAUUAACUAGGCAAAUUACACUUGUAUGCAUCUGCCUCUUUUUACAGAUUGUUCUGUAAAGAGGAAGUCAGAGGAAAAGAGAGGGAAAACGUGUGGUUUAAGUGCUUUCCCUUUCUCACGUCCAUUGUUUUAAUACAGUGUGUUCACCGACAUUCAAAGAUGGAAAGGAACAUUUUUGUUCAUAAUUGUAGCAUUUUUUUCCUCUUUCUGUUUAUCAAAUAGCAAGGGCUGACAUUACUGUUUUCUAGUGUCUUCUCUUUGCCCAUUGUCCUCUAGCCUUUGUUCUUAACAUAUUUUAAAAGAGAAGCGGCUGGAAUGGCUCAAAUCAUAGAGCUGAAAGGGGCUGCCCUGCUCAGUGCAGGAGUCCAAAUUAAAUUAGACAGUGCAGGAGUCCAAAUUAAAUUAGACAGGUGGUUAUUUAGUCUUCAGUUGAAUGGAUCCAUGAAGGGAGCCCCCCAAAUUUCUGAGUAGUAUAAUUGAUUUGGACUGUCAAGUGACCUUCAGAAGCAAUCUACUUCUAAAACCUGUUGUUGGGUAACACAAGUUUCUUUUUUAUACGUAUCAGUUGGCCACUAUGGAAACUGAAUGGGGAUCCUAGGUAAACUUCUGAUGAUGUUACCUAGUUUGGAUAAUGAAACAUCUGCAAGAAAACAAUCAAACUCAGAGAGCACCAAGGACUCCUCAGAUCAUAUUUCUUGCCUCAUCCCCUUUCUCAUUUUUGGCAUUUCCCUGAAAAUCAAAUUUGAAGCAAGACAAUUCAUUUAAUGUUAAUGUUUGAUCUUCUUUCUUUUCCUACCUGCCUCUGAAUAUUUCUCAGCUUUUGCAAGAGAAACUAUUCUGUUUCUUUCUUAUUUGUUUAGUUAUGGCCAUUUGAUUGAAGAGCUUUUUGUGCUGAACCAUAUUCUUAAAUAAAAACCAUAUGUCAUGUGGGGAAAAUGAUUAAGUGAAAAGAAAUCCAUACUACAUAUUUUGUUGAGAAUAUAUGGCAUAAAGUAAUGCUUUAUGCCAUAUACAGUGAUGCUUUAAAAAUGGUGAACGCUUUUGAAUUUUCAAUAGUUCUAUGUAAAUAUGAGCUAAAAUGUUAUCUGUUCUCCACCCAACUCCUAAAACAAGAUAAAAAGAACCCCAAUUAAAUGAAUGAGUCAAAAUAUAGUAGAUUCAUUGGUUUACUGAACAAAGUGACCCAAAACUACAUAUUUAUAUGUGACAAAUGAGUGCAAAAGUUUCAGUAGCUAUCACGGGCCGAGGUGGCGCAGUGGUUAGAGUGCAGUACUGCAGGCUACUUCAGCUGACUGUUAGUUCGGCAGUUCAAAUCU